UUCUCGCAGAGAGAGAGAGAGUGAGAGACCUCCUCCGUUUUUCAGCUCUCAAAUGGCCAUUGCGGUCAGUAACUGCUACUUCUCCGUCCUCACCUCCACCGCUAAAUUCAACUCCGCCGUCUCCGUAGCCCAGCCCAGCCUCGCCGCGUCUCUGUGGUCGAGCAGUAGCUGCCACACUCUAAGACCGGUUUGCCGCAGUAAUAGAGCUUCGAAUUCACGGCGACGCGCAUCGUCGUCGGAAAAGUCACUCUCGGAGAAUGAAGGCGUUGCUAAGAAGCUUAAUGGUGAUGUACUGAGUAGUAGUGGUGGUGGAGGGAAGACCCGGCGGCCGCAACCGGCGGCGUAUAAGCCGUUUGGAACGCAGAGAAAGGAGAAGAAGGAGUCUGUAGCUGAUCAGAAGCAGGCUGAAGUGAGAAGUCUUCAGGAUGCUGAUAUUCUCAAUGCAGUUGUUAAGGUGUACUGCACCCAUACAGCUCCUGACUAUUCCCUUCCUUGGCAAAAGCAAAGACAGUUUACAAGUACAGGCAGUGCUUUUAUGAUUGGUGAUGGCAAACUCUUGACAAAUGCCCAUUGUGUUGAACAUUAUACUCAGGUUAAAGUGAAGAGAAGAGGAGAUGAUACCAAAUAUGUGGCAAAGGUUUUAGCCAAAGGUGUUGAUUGUGAUAUAGCCUUGCUCACGGUAGAAAGUGAGGAAUUUUGGAAAGGAGCAGAGCCACUCCAUUUUGGAAGCUUGCCACAUCUUCAGGAAGCAGUGACUGUUGUGGGGUAUCCCCUUGGAGGAGAUACCAUUUCAGUAACGAAGGGAGUUGUAUCGCGUAUAGAGGUUACCUCAUAUGCUCAUGGGUCAUCUGAUUUGUUGGGCAUUCAGAUUGAUGCAGCAAUUAAUCCUGGUAAUAGUGGUGGUCCUGCAUUCAAUGACCAAGGUGAGUGCAUUGGGGUGGCAUUUCAGGUCUACAGAUCUGAAGAGGCGGAGAAUAUUGGAUAUGUGAUUCCUACUACAGUUGUCUCUCACUUUUUGAAUGAUUAUGAGAGGAAUGGGAAGUACACAGGUUUCCCUUGCCUUGGUGUUAUGUUGCAAAAGUUGGAAAAUCCUGCAUUGCGAGCAUGCUUAAAAGUAGAGACUAUUGAGGGGGUCCUUGUCCGAAGAGUAGAACCCACUUGUGAUGCUCAUAAUGUACUUAAAGAGGGAGACGUGAUUGUAAGCUUCGAUGAUGUGCAUGUAGGGUGUGAAGGAACAGUACCGUUUCGAUCAAAUGAGCGCAUUGCAUUCCGUUACCUUAUAAGCCAGAAAUUCGCAGGUGAUGUUGCAGAUCUUGGUAUUAUUAGAGCCGGACAAUUCAUGAAAGUCAAAGCAGAGUUGAACCCACGAGUGCAUUUGGUUCCUUAUCAUAUCGAUGGUGGGCAGCCCUCUUACUUAAUAAUCGCUGGUUUGGUGUUUACCCCACUCUCUGAACCAUUAAUAGAUGAGGAGUGUGAUGAUUCUAUAGGGUUGAAACUUUUGGCGAAAGCACGCUACUCUUUGGCUAGAUUCAAAGGGGAACAGAUUGUCAUCCUAUCACAGGUCUUAGCAAAUGAAGUAAAUAUAGGGUAUGAAGAUAUGAGCAAUCAACAGGUUUUGAAGUUAAAUGGAACUCCAAUAAAGAACAUUCGUCAUUUAGCGCACCUUGUUGAUUCCUGCAAGCACAAGUACUUGGUCUUUGAAUUUGAAGACAACUACAUUACAGUUCUUGAAAGAGAAGCAGCACUAGCCUCUUCAACUAGCAUUCUCAAAGAUUAUGGGAUUCCAGCUGAAAGAUCUUCCGAUCUGUUGGAGCCCUAUAUAGAUUCAGCUGUGGACGGCCAAGCUGACCAGGAGGAUUUGGGCGACAGUCCGGUCUCAAAUCUGGAAAUUGGCUUUGAUGGACUUAUUUGGGCUUAAUUAUCACCCAGGUAAACCAGAUUUUCCCCAAUACAAGCCAAGGCCUCAAUAGGAACAUAGUGAAUAAAUGUAAGGCAUAGAAUAGUCUCUAAAUUAUUGCUAUUUGAGUUUAGAGUUUCUUAAGAGAGCAGUGUAACAAUUUUCCCAUCUGUUGUUGAGGUAGCAUAAAUUGUAAGUUUGUAUCCAUACUCCAGUGAGUCCAGUCACGCAGGAGAUCAUUGUUGUAAUUGGUACUGUAACAAAAUAGUAAUAAGCUAUUGAUUCUUUAACUUUAUAGAAAUUACAUUCAUGGUUCACCACUUCACCUUAUU